AUGUCGCAGGUGGUAUUCCUCCCUGAUGAUCUUAUAGUAGAAAUCCUGUCAUAUCUUCCGGUGAAACCCCUUGUGCGAUCGAAGAGUGUGUGCAAGUCGUGGAACUCCCUCAUCUCCGAUCCAAAAUUUGGAAAACUACGGCUGCAACGAUCUAAAAGAAACAGCCACAUAGCAGUAAUCAAAUAUGGCUCAGGUUACCCUAACAGUUUUGUAUCCUUUCCACUGAAUCACUUAUUUGAGAACCCGUCGAUCACCGUUACCAGUAAUUCUUAUCACCAACUGAAGUUCAACCAACCUAGCCCAAUUAUUGGUUCAUGCAAUGGACUGCUUUGUUUGCUCGAUCAUACAACCAUGUCCAGUGUUCCAAAAUCCUGGUUCCGUAUCUGGAACCCGACCACAAGAAUAAUAUCUGUAAAAUUUGGAUCUUUUAACCGACCUCUCAAUUGCAGUCAUAAUUGCACAUUUGGUUAUGAUAAAUCUACUAGAACCUAUAAGGUGGUCGUCUUGUUCCGUAAGGAGGUUCAAAUUUUCAGUUUGGGUGAUAAUAGGAGAAAAUCUUUAAGUUUUCCGUCUUCUGACCCAUUUUUUACUUUUGGCUCUAGUCAUGUGAAUAAAGGAGUGUAUUUGAGCGGCACUGUUAACUGGUAUGCCAUUCAAAGUAAGUUCAGUCAAUAUUAUUGUCAGAAGGAUAUUACUGUUGGGAAAUUUGUGAUUAUCUCCCUUGAUCUUGGUACCGAGACAUACAAGCAAUUUCAGACCCGUAGUGGCGUUGAUGAAGUGCCAGAUGUGGAACUGACUAUUGCUGUAUUGAUGGACUGCCUUUGUUUUUCUCACAAUCUCAAGAACACUCAUUUUGUUAUAUGGCAGAUGAUGGAAUUUGGAGUUGAACAAUCUUGGACUCAAUUUCUUAAAAUUAGUUUUCAGAAUCUUCUAGGGGAUGAUAGGUUUAGUGACCGGAUUUAUUGUCCAUAUUUUAUGUUUCCAUUGUGGCUUUCUAAAAAUGGUGAUACACUGCUAUUGGCAAACACUAUAAAAGACCAAGCAAUUCUCUAUAAUUUGAGAGACAAUAGAGCAGAGCGAACUAGUGUUGAUGGAACAGCGUGGAAAAAGGCCAUAUGUUAUGUUCAAAGUAAGGCUUCAAUUUGUUGA